GGAAGGUUCAAAGUCUGCAAAUCAUCACCCUGCCAGUCCCCCACACUUUCAUUUCUGUCAUGGAGGCUCCAAAGAAGCUCAUUGACCAAGUCGGAAAUUGGCUCAGGCUCUAUGACGACGGCUCAGUCGACCGCUCCUGGACCGGCCCUCCUGAGUUCAAAUUCCUCACUGAACCGGUUCCUUCCCACCCUGAAUUCCUCGACGGAGUUUCCACCCAUGACGUCGUCAUCCCCAACAUUUCCGGCCUUCGUGUAAGGAUUUAUCAACCGGAGACGAAGCCUGGUGAUAAGCUUCCGAUUCUCCUCCAUUUUCAUGGUGGUGGGUUUUGCAUAACCCAACCCAACUGGUUUUUUUACAACCAUUUCUACAGCCGGCUCACCCUAACUGCCCGGGUCAUCUGCAUAUCGGUUUAUCUCCGCCUCGCCCCUGAGAACCGCCUUCCGGCGGCCAUUGAUGAUGCUUUCUCCGGCCUUCUCUGGCUUCAAUCGGUGGCAAAACAUGAGAAAAACCCGCCGGAAUGCCUCGCUGAUGAUGGUGCCGACUUCAACCGUGUUUUUCUUAUCGGGGACAGCACUGGCGCGAACCUAGUUCAUCAGGUCGCCGUGACAGCCGGGAAGCAUGACUUAACGACGCUAAGGCUCGCCGGAGGGAUAGAGCUCCAACCAGGAUUCGUCCGUUCAAGGCGGAGCAAGUCGGAGUUAGAGAAUCCCGAGUCACCGUUCUUCACAUUAGACAUGGUAGACAAGUUGUUGAUCUUGGGGUUGCCAGUCGGGAGCAACAAGGACCACCCGAUAACGUGUCCUAUGGGGGAGGCAGCGCCGUCACUGGACGACGUGGAAGUUCCGCCGCUUCUGGUGUGCGUGGCGGAGAAGGACUUGAUGGUGGAUACGCAGAUGGAGUACUGUGAAGCAAUGAAGAAGGCGAAGAAGGAGGCGGAAGUGUUUGUGAGUACUAAAGGAAUGGGACAUACGUUUUAUCUGAACUCACUGGCGGUGGAGACGGACGCCGAUACGGCGGAGCAAACUGAGUGCCUUCUCGCUAAGAUCAAAGAGUUCAUUAAUAGCCACUGAAAACAGACAAAAGAAGUUUCAUGAAUCCUCGUUAUCCUUCCAAGUUCCAAUGAUGGAUUAUUUUGUACGAGAUAUGGUGUAACGAUAAAAUAAGAAUAAAAAUAUGAAAGGGCU